AUGCGCGAUUCCAUGCGACAAAUUGCAACCAACAUUGUAGUCAUCUUCUCAUGCAAGAUCGAUGUACUCGAGGUCCUCAGAAUAGACGAUAUCUUCAAUCAGAUGGACGUACCUGCUGAUGCCAGUGACAGGCCAGAAUUCAUCAACACCUGCUAUCAGGCUAGCUGCCAGAGCCAAGAUUAUGCGCCGCCCGUCGGGUUGUCCAGAACAAUUCGCACCGAGGCUCUGUCAAACUCUGCAGUCUGUGAGGCUGAUGACUUUGAGAAUUCACUGAAUAUUGCUCUGGACGUGUUUGCAAAGUUCCAGGAGCGUCAAGGAGACGGUGUGCUGGAUUCUGACUCUGGGUUUGCAGUCGCCAACGGUCCAAGACGAGUUGAUGACCGAAACGGGAGUAGAGGAUCAGCUAGUGCUCGAGGCGACCGCUUGGCUUCUUUAAACUGGGUCCCGCGUAAACAAAAACAUUUGACGAGCGAAGAGAUUGAGAUUAAGUUGCAUGCGAUAGAUCAGAACUUCAAGUGCCGCUUAAGAUGCCCCCUAAGAGCUGUCAAUGACAUACCUUGUCCAGAUGAAGGCGUAGGCACAGAAGAUGCUGGUAUGAUUCGUCGUGUUGGCCCUGGAGUCCGGACCCUUAGACCAGACGACCCUGCCAUGACCGUCAAAGCUGGUAUCUUCACCGCGCAUGCCAGCAUUCUCAAAAAGUUAUGCAUCCAGAUCCCUGACAACAUCUCAUUUGAGGACGCCACGGCAAUGACUACUGUCUUUUCAACGGCCGCUGAGUCAGUAUUCAAUGUUGCUCACCUAGAGAAAGUGCAUCGGGAGGCCUGGGCAUCUGCGAUCCAGCUGGCCAAGAAGGUUGGGGCAGCGAUGCACGCCACCGUAGGAAAAGAAGGAAAAGACAAGUUCCUCAUGGAUGGGUUCAAUAUCCCUAGGAGUCGCACCUGCCAGCAUCACGACACCAAGUUCGUCGAGGGCGCCACGCGCGAAACCAACGGUCCAGGCGUCGAUGUCGCUCAACCUUCUGUCCGGUGA